AUGCUCCCCACAACGGACGCCGGCGGCGGGGUACCGCAAUCGGAUCGAGUGCCGUGGCUGCGGAUCUCGGAGACGAGCGCGCCCUGUCCCCCAAACUCCCAACAUCGAAACGGGUGGUGCCGGUACCGGGGAGAGCUGUCAUCACCAUCGGAUACUACCGCUUGCAAGUUGCUCGAGAAAUCAAGCAAGGUCCGAACUCUGGAAGGCAGGUGCUUGGAUGUCAAAUGCCAGAUUUGUCCAAUCACCAGUCCCCGCUCGAUAUGUAGUCGAUCCUCCCAAAGCUGGGAGGGGUCUUUUGUGGGGCAAGGUGGGGAUCGAAUUGGCGGGCCCCACGCCAAGGCCCCCGCCUUGAGUUGCAAGUGGAAGUGUGAAACCUGA